GUUGUUUUCAAUACACUGAAGACACAUGUCUGGUAAUCGCUAGCGGUGGUGAUAAACGAGAAAAGCGGACAUAAACGUCUCUGAGAAUGGUCCACAUCAGUAGAAUUUGUUUCCGCAAGUAUGGAAACUUUGUGGACAACCUCCGCCUGUACGUACGUGGAGGCACCGGCGGGAUGGCUCUGCCUCGCCUUGGAGGACAUGGAGGAAACGGAGGAAACGUUUGGGUGGUGGCGACAAAGAACAUGACUUUAAAGAGGAUCAAGGACAAAUACCCGUUAAAACGGUUCGUAGGGGGAUCAGGAGGCAACAGCAGUGUUCGAGCUCUGAAGGGAGAAAAGGGGAAGGAUGAGGAAAUCCUAGCUCCCGUUGGUAUCACUGUCACCUCUGAUGACGGCAGAAUACUUGGCGAACUGAAUGCUGAGGGCGAUCGGGUGCUGGUGGCUAAAGGAGGUUCUGGAGGGACACCCUGCUCUUCCUUCGAGCCCAAGAAAGGCCAGGUCAAACACAUACGUCUGGACCUUAAGCUCAUCGCUGACCUGGGUCUCGUAGGGUUCCCAAAUGCAGGAAAGUCAUCUCUCCUCACAGCCCUGUCAAAUGCCACACCUCAGAUUGCCAGCUACGCUUUCACAACUUUGAGGCCUCAGAUCGGCAAGGUAGCAUAUCCAGAUUACAAGCAAAUCUCAAUUGCGGAUCUGCCGGGACUCAUUGAGGGGGCUCACCUGAACCGAGGCAUGGGCCACAAGUUCCUGAAGCACGUAGAGAGGACCAAGCAGCUGCUGUUUGUUGUGGAUGUUGGUGGUUUCCAGCUGGCCAGUAAAACACCCCUUAGAUCUGCCUUUGAAGCGGUGCAGCUUCUCACCAAGGAGCUGGAGUUGUACAAGGAGGAACUCGUGUCAAAACCUGCAUUACUGGUGGUAAAUAAAAUGGACUUGCCUGAAGCUGAUGAAAUGCUGGAAGAACUCAAGGAGCAACUUCAAAACCCAGAGGACUUCACUAAUUUGCUGCCAGAUGACAUGAUCCCAAAGAACUUCAUAACAUUCAGACAUGUGGUUCCUGUUUCCGCCCUCACCGGGUUUGGUGUCGACCAUCUGAAGAGUUGCAUUCGACUCUCGCUGGAUGAGUAUGCCGCCAUGGAAACGGGCGACACGCACCAGGAAAAGCUGCAAGCACUGAGGCAACAAUCUCACGAAUGUUUUAGAAACGAGGACAAAGUCUCACUGUCAAGUGGCGUCGGCGGGACUCAGCGAACGACGUCCUGAGCUCUGUCAGCUGAAACAAAGCGAGGUGGAAAGAUCUCUCUUUGGAGAAACGCAGGAACGAGAAAAACCGCUCAGCUUCUUCGAUGGAGGAAAUGCUGCAUAGGUGUCUGAAAUAUUGGCCUGCUCCUUUUGACUUUCUGCAUAGGAUAAGGAACAUCUUUUCUGCUUCGCAAAGAUUAAGAUCAUGUUCAUUUUAAGUUUGGUCGAGUUUGAUUGAUUCUAAAAAAAAAAAAAAAACUACAAAUUGUGUUUGAAUGAAAGUUUUAUUUUAUAUUAAAUAUAUUACAAUACUUAAUGAUUAAGAGAAAAAAAUAAGUGGGCUGAUUUUUGCAUCAAUAGUCUGUACAGCACACAAGUAAAAAUAAAGAUAAUUAAAAAAAGAACAACUGCAGUGUUCCUGGAGUCGAGGGCCUACGAGUCUGGCCGAACUGGAGCCCACCGAAGUAGUCGGUCUGCUCAAGUACGCAAAUACAUUCAAAGUUUCCGGCCAGAAACGGAGUCCGCGGCUCAUCUGGAGGGUGGACGCUGUGUCCUGUUUGGACUGGUCAGUCCGGCUGUUUGUGCAGGCUGAACCCAGACAGGUUUUGACGGAGGCGUCCCUCGCAGGCUGCGCUCCGAGGGUUGUGCAGUGCAAAGUCCAGGACAACCAGAACGAAUGUCUUCAUCGAACACAGUAUUAUUGUGUUAAAACGUUACUCUAGCAGCUCUAGAAAUGAUGCUCGCCUCAGGAAAAAUGAGAGGAGCAGAACUCUAGAGCAAAGAAAGGAAAAAAUACAAUAAAGCACUUCUUAUCCGUCGAAUGGUUGCUGUACAUAAUACCAGGGUUCCUACACAGUCUUGGAAAAGCUUGGAAUACAGAUGGAUUAUUUUCCUUGUCUGGAUAAGUAAAAAAAAAUAAAACGCUAUGGAAAAGUUAGAGUUCACAGCUAUGUUCGUUGUUUGAUCUGUGAAAAAAAUACAAUUUUAACUUCCUGAAAAAUAAGUUCAUUUUUACAAUGUCUUAAUUUUUGCCAAAUCACAGCUCAAGUUUUGACUUGAAGUUACUGACAGAGAAAUGAUGCAUGAAAACAUUCAUUUAGACAUCAAAAAGGCCAUUUCCCAGUGCUGUUUUAGCCACUAAAUCCUCUUCAGUCAGGAUUUUAAACAUUUAAUUUAUUCAAAUUAUCUUUAUCUGAACAUUCUAGACAUUUUUGAGGGACACAAAAAGUUAAAGCCGAAGAAAUCUGUAAGGGGGUGCAAGCACUUUUUCAUGGAAAUGUAGGUGAAAGUUUUGAACUCAGAUUUUCAGAAAAGUAAAAAAAAAAAAAAAAAA